AUGGAAUCUUCUAUGGGUGAACAUGGCGCCUUCAAGCCUGCACCGGCGGCACAGUCUCAGAACAAGCCGGGUGAGUCGACCAAACUGGAAGGCCUUCAUGUCUUUGCUGAAUAUGCGGGUUCCAGAAAACUGAAGGGCAAAAACGCUCUAAUCACUGGGGGAGAUUCCGGAAUUGGACGGUCAGUUGCUAUUCUAAUGGCCAGAGAGGGUGCAGAUGUUACUAUUGUUUAUUUGCCCUCGGAACAGCCAGACGCAGAGACAACAAAAAGGACCAUUGAGCAAGAGAAGAGGGCUUGCCUUUUAAUCCCAGGUGACUUGAGAGAUCGCAACUUGUGUCGCCACACAGUGGAUGAACAUGUGAAGAAAUACGGCACGAUCAACAUACUUGUCAAUAAUGCGUCGAAACAGUACCUAUGUGCGGAAUUUCAGAAUAUCGAUCUGGAUAAGUCCGAAGACAUCUUCAGAACCAACAUCAUCCAAAUGAUUGCGAUGGCGAAGUUUUCUGUUCCUCACAUGACACGAGGCCAUUCCAUCAUCAAUACUUCCUCCGUUAUGACUUUUCGUGGCUCAGGGACCAUGAUUGAUUAUGCUGCAACCAAGGGAGCUAUCAUUGGUUUUACUAGGUCGUUGGCAACACACUUGAUUCCCAAGGGUAUUCGGUUCAAUGCAGUCGCUCCAAGUGCGAUCUAUACGCCAAUUCAAGUCGACACCCGAGAUCCCCAACAGAUGGAAGGAUGGGGUCACAAGGAUGGUCUUGGCCGACCAGGGGAACCUAGUGAGGUAGCGACAAGCUUCGUCUUCUUAGCUAGUGCGGAUGCCUCUGUAUACUAUGGGCAAGUGCUGCACUGUUACCCACUUGGUGACUAG